AUGGCAAAUUGUGAAAAACCUCUUGCUCGAAAUAUUUGCAUGGGACUGUAUUUUUUCUUCUGUGGUGUGGAAUAUGCUGUCAUCCUACCAACGAUAAAUGGAUAUUUGAUAAGCCUUGGUGCAGAGCAAACAUUUCUCGGCAUUGUUCUGGCCUCUUUCAGUUUUGGAGGGUUGGUGAGUGCACCAUUAUAUGGAUGGGUUGCAGACAAAACCGGGUCCACUAAAGCUUGUGUUAUAGUAGGAAACAUCGGUGAAAUUAUCGGAAACCUUAUGUAUUUCAUAGGGAAGAAUCAGUAUUUGGUUUGGUCUGGACGACUCAUUGCUGGAUUAGGAUCUGGAGCGGCAUCUACUCUGUUUGGACUAAUUUCCCACACAACUACGGCAAAAGAAAGAACAUCUAUGUUUGCCAUCUUGAUGGGUCUACGCCAAAUUGGACUUUUAGUUGGUCCAGCUGUCAACGAAAAUCGUAAUUACGGAUCUUUCCAAGAUGCAGAAACUACUGAAAAUAUUGAAGGGAGAGUUUUAAUUAUUGAAAGUGGAUGGAAGGUGUUUAUCAGAGAAUUUCUCAGAGAAGAAGUUAUAAUUACCAACCCAGAUAUGCAAUCCUUUAAUCAGGGAGUGAGAAUUGUAUCUGUACGUUUUGGUCAGAUCAUAGGUCCUUUGUGGGCAUCAUCACUCGUUACCACAAGUAGAUUGCCAAUCAUGGCUGCAGUAGAUCUUGGAAUACUGUGUAUUCUUACUGCCAUGGUGUUGCUAUCAUAUAAACGUCUUAUACCUCCUCCUCUGAUCACUGGCUCAGAUUCGGAAUCAGUUUCGUUGGUGCGUGAAACUGAUUCUGAUUGA